AUGGAUAAAUUUAACUCGACGACAGAGCUAGAGGGCGGAUUGUCCAGCAUGGUGCAAAUCAUCGUGGCUAUCGUUGUCAGCCUCGUUGUCAGCCUCGUUGUCGCAGCGACGGUCAUGGGGAACCUUUUAGUGAUGAUCGCUUUCUUCACGACGCGUCGAUUACGGACUUACAACAACCACUUCAUUCUUGGAUUGGCCAUCGCCGACUUCCUUGUUGGUGCUAUAGGUAUGCCGAUGUUUGGAGUCGUGUUUAUCAUGGGGCGAUGGCCGUUCAGCGCAACCUUUUGCGAUAUCUUCUCGUAUUGCGACCACGCCUUCAGCCACAUAAGCGUGGUCUCCGUCAUGAUCAUUAGUCUCGAUCGCUUCGUCGCCACUGUUUACCCUCUUCAUCAUCGCUCUCACUGGCGACGUCGGUCUCAGGCUGUCUUUCUCAUCUCGAUCGCGUUCCUGGUGCCCCUGAUAACAUGGGCACCUCCGACUCUUCUCUGGAACCACGUGUAUGGUGGGGGCGGAAACAGUACCUCUGCCACAUCUGAAGACUGUUUGCCUGACUACCUGCUAUCUGACCACGGAGGUGAGGUGACUCACUUAAAUGGACAUAUACCAACAGAGAUGUCUACCACUGAUGCCGAGCCUAAAGAGACCAAUGGCAAUGAUACCCUGCGGGAACUGAUCGAGAAAGACGUCGAACCCUCGGGGAAGGCAUCCAAACCUGGAUGUUCCAAAAAUGCUACGAGAAGAACAUCUACCAAAACGACUCAUUAUGCACUUGAACACAAGGAUCAAGGAGAAGCCAUAGAUCCCAAAGCGGAAGAGUUUAGGAUUCGAACCCUGGGAUUCAUCAUCAUGGCCAUGUUCAUCACCUGGGUUCCAUGGGCCGUCAUUGUCAUCAUCCUCAGUCUCUGUGAGGACUGCAUCCCUGAGAUAGUCUACUCGCACGGCAAACCCAAUCUGCUACGCUCUCUCCGAUCCGAAAUUCAAGCAGGCAUUUCGUCGUCUGCUUCGUCUAGACUGCUUGAGAUCGAAGCCGAGUUCGUCCACGGACAAAUCGGACAUGCACGCAAUGCGGACGUCAAAUGCUUCAUCAAGGCCACGUGA